AAUGACGUCAGCAGGAACCGCCUCCAGCGCCAUGUUCCCUGCAAGUUGAUAACGGUGGAAAGAGGGACGCACUUGCUUUUGCUGCUGUUUCUUAUGUUUUACUACUCGUAAAACUAGUUCAUACGUGACCAAUUAUAGGUUGUACCAACGAGUUUAUACAUUUUUGGAGUGGAUUUUCUGGGGGCCACCAUACGGAGCUGACACGUGAAAGGUGACCCAGUGUGAAUAUCUUGCAACACACAACGCAAUCAUGGCAAGUGAAUGGGAAGAAAUCCGACGUCUUGCAGCUGAUUUCCAGAAAGCACAGUUUGCCGACACUGCUCAAAGGUUAUCAGAGAGGGAUUGCAUUGAAAUAAUUACCAAACUUAUUCAAGACAGUAAACUGGAAGUGGUGUACACGCUCGAUGGGAAGGAAUACGUCACCCCUGCACAGAUUAGUAGAGAAAUUCGAGAUGAACUUUACCGUCACGGAGGGCGAGUAAAUAUUCUGGAACUCCAGCAGAUUAUCAAUGUCAAUUGGGUGGAUGUUGAAUGUAGAGCAAAUGAAAUUGCAAAAUCUGACAAAAGUAUCCAGCUCGUGCUUGGGCAACUUAUCGACGACACUUAUCUGAACCGUUUGGCCGAGGAAGUCAAUGACCGGUUGCAGGAAGCCGGCGCGAUCAGCAUUGCAGACCUGUGCAAGAGUUACGAUCUACCAGGCGAUUUCCUAAAUGAGGCGCUCUCCAAGCGUCUCGGGAAGGUGAUCCAGGGAGAACUGGAUCAGUACAGUCGAGGGGUCAUAUUCACUCCCGCAUUUGUCUCCCGUCACACAGCCAAGAUAAGAGGACUGUUCAGUGCAGUCACUCGUCCGACACCUGUCAGCGGAAUGAUCGGUGCUUUUGGACUUCACGAGCAUCUCCUGUAUUCUGUUCUGGAGGAGCUGGUGAACACCGGCCGCCUUAGAGGAACUGUUGUGGGAGGGCGACAGGACAAUGCUGUUUACAUCCCCGACAUUUACUCCAAAACACAGAACACUUGGGUGGAUUCCUUCCUCCGACAGAACGGAUAUUUAGAAUUUGACUCGUUGAUCCGACUGGGAAUCCCAGAGCCCAGCAGCUACAUAAAGAAGCGCUUUAAGGGCAACAAGCUACUUUUCCUCAAAGCGGCUUGCGUGGGCCAGGCUCUGGUUGACCAGGUGGAGGCCUCUAUAGAAGAAGCCAUCAGCUCCGCCACGUGGACCGACAUACAGGCCAUUUUGCCGAGCUGCCUGUCGGAUGAAGACGUGGGCAUGUUGAUCAGCCAGGCCAUGAGGAAUACCAACACUGACUCGGCUGCCAGAGUCCUGGGAGGCACAAUUGUCUGCAGUGAAAAAUGGAUCAGCGACUGCCUGGCGCUAUUUGACAGUUCCAUACAACAGAAAGCGCAAAAUGAGUUCAAAAAUAAUCCAGUGUUGCUGAUAACUGAAGAGGAUCUGAAGCAGUCCGCCAUGGUUGCUGAAAACGCUGGAUUGUCCAGAAAGGACAAAAGAGAAGAUCGCAAGAAAAAAGCCACAGAGAGCAGCGGGAACGUUAAAUCGAGCGGGGGGAGCAACGCCAGAGAGAUCAAAAUUCGUAAAACUAAGAAGAAAGGGAGGAAAGACGAAGACGACGAAGAAAGCGGACCUCGUUCUAAGAAGGAGGAAGCUCCGUUUAUGACUCAGGAAGAAAUAGUCGUCGUACUGGAGGACAAGCUGAACGACGGUCCGCAAGAAGUUUUCUCCGAGUUGGCAGAGGAGUUAAUGCGGCCUUUGACUAAAGCCUACCAGGAAGCGAUGCGGACUUUGUUCAUGUCCACCACCUGCCCUCUCUCAGGCGCUAACAAAAAGUCAGUGAAGGACCUGCAGGAAGAAAUCACUAACCUCUACAACAACAUCAGGCUGUUUGAGAAAGGCACCAAGUUUUUCUCAGAAGAAACCCAGGUCAUCAUUGCCAAGCAUGUUUUAAAAACAGUCGGCACCGAUGUAACCAACAUCCUCGUCAAUUUCCUAGCCGCCGACCUGAUGAUGUCCGUCGAGAACCCCGCCACCAUAACCAAUGAGGUCCGCUUGAAGAUACUAGGCAAAGUGUCAGACGACACCAAAACGCCUCUGAUGAAACUGCACAACUGUCUGAACGGUAAAACGAUCAACGAAUUUCUGGAAAACUUUGAGACCUCGGCGGAGGCGUGCGGCUUCUUGAUGAAGAAGUCCGACAAGAAAAAGGAGAGACAGGCCUUCCUGCUGCACCGGCAGACGCUGACUGAACAGCUGAAAGAGACCGAAGACCCCGCUUUGGUCCUCCACCUGACUAGUGUGUUGCUGUUUCAGGACAGCACCCACUGCAUCCUGCACGCCCCGGGACGAUGCGUUCCUCAUAUUAUCGGUACCCUCAUGGGGCGCAUACCUGCAGAGAAGCAUCAGCUACUUAGCGUUUAUCAGAGCCUGGUUGUGAAGCAACUUAUGAGCCAGAAUCAGGGACGGAAGCAGGAAGAAGUGAAGAACGAAACCAAGGAACAGGAUGAGGAGACGUCAAGUAUUUUUGAGCAGUUCAAACUUUUGACACCGCAAGUCAAGGAACUGGCGCUUUCUCAGAGAAAGACGUCGACGAGCGAGACACAAGCUUAAAAAAAUUGCUCACAUGUUUUCAUUUUCCCAUUUUCUGUUUAGCAUCCUCUUAACGUGAUUCAUUUGACAGCCACAUUUAAGAAAAAAGCUAUUCUGCAAGAUUGACAGCUAUGACUUGUUUCAAAAACACUUCUAUUCUUCAAGACCAACAAAAUAUUGUUUUGUGUCAGUGUAAGCUUUUGAUAAGCCUCAAACUCAAGUCAUUUACAAAUUUAGAACUUGCUGUAUGACUUUUUUUGGUUGUUUGCCAUUCAAUCCGUGUAGUCACGACAACCCCUUGAGAGUGUACGGAGCCUAAACUUGUCGAACUUCAAUGGCAAAUUGAGAGAAAUCCAGCUAGUAGUUUUUCACCUGUUUUUUUGUGAUUAAUGAAAUUGAUCAUGGUCCGCCAUCAGCUUCAUGUGAAAAGUGAAUUGAGAGUGUUUGUGAAAUUGUGAAUUAAACUGACAGAGCUAAAAAGCA